CUUGACAGAAGAAAGAGCAAUUCAGCUGUCAAAUACUGUCAUACAUACAUUAAAUGGUAAAUAAUUUUAAUAAAUUUUAAUAAAUUAUUUUUUCAUUUGUUUGCGCAUACGGUUACGCAUUUGUGCUUUUGGUCAAAUUUUGGCCUCAAAAUCAAAAUGAAAUUGUUGAUGAAGUGUAUUCUUGCUCCACGCUUGUUAAAGAUUUAUAAAGAUGGACCCCAAGAUAAUAUGUAUCAACCAUUACCUCUGGAAAGGUGGUCUGAUAAAGUCAUAACUACAACAAGUACAAUCUUCAACAUUUGCAUAUACACAUCCCCAUUUAUAUGCAUGUAUGUUUACAAGAAAGGAUUAUCUGUAAUAGAGGAGAAUAAAUAUGGACUCCUGCGCUUUUUUAGCGGCAUUGGAUGCCUCCUUGUGUUGUCUUAUGUGCUUAGAGGAGUGGGCAGGGUGUACAAUCAGAAGUACUCAGAGUUCAUCAAAGCCCUAAGUGCCCCUACAACAGAUACAAAAGUAUAUUUGAGUGCAUUAAGAAAAUAUGACUUUGAAUUCUAUGCGUGGCCUGCUACUUUUAAAAUGCCCCUGAAACCCAGUCCAUCCUGGUUGCAAAAGCUACCGUUCAAGCAGUGUGCCAACGUAGACUUGCCAUUCUAUCAGAGGGCUCCAUUGCAAGUCCUAGGAUUUAUAGCGACUCACGCCUUUGGUCUCAGACUCAUAUACCCCGGCUCUUUGGGGAUUGUAGCUAACAUGUUUUGGACCCCUUUAUUCCAAGGGCGAACGCAACUGGUGGAGAACUUUGACGGCCAGCGUACAAAGUUAAGGACGGCUGAUGGCAAUGACAUAGACACAAUGUUUGUAGACAACCGCGGUCGGUCUGGCAACAAAGGGAAGACUCUGGUGGUGUGCUGCGAGGGAAACUCUGGAUUUUACGAGAUUGGCAUCAUGACGACGCCUAUAAGGGCGGGGUAUUCUGCUGUGGGAUGGAAUCAUCCUGGGUUUGCUGGUAGUACGGGCAUUCCCUAUCCGUCUCAAGAGGAGAACGCCAUAGACGCCGUCCUGCAAUACUCCAUCAACGAGUUGAAAUUCGAACCUGAUCACAUCAUCAUGUACGGCUGGAGCAUCGGCGGGUACUCCGCCACUUGGGCCGCAGUCAACUAUCCUGUUAAAGGGCUGGUGCUGGAUGCAACCUUUGACGACCUCCUGCCGCUGGCUCAGAACGUGAUGCCCUCAUCGUGGUCGCUGCUGGUGAAGGAGGUGGUGCGCUCCCACGUGGACCUCCACGUGGCCGAGCUGAUCAAGAAGUACACUGGAGCCGUGCAGCUGGUGCGGAGGACCGACGAUGAGAUUAUAUGUCUCAGCCCAGGAGUGCUGGCCACAAACCGUGGUAAUGACCUGUUAGCCACGCUCAUAGAACACCGCCACCCGUUGGAAGAAGGUCUGGACAGGAACGGCUGGUUGUUGGCGCUGUGGAAACAUAUAAACGUGGCUGAGGGCAAGAGACCGCUUGGGACCGUCAUGGCUCUAACUGAAUAUGACAGGAGGGCUAUAAAGCUGAUCGGCAAAUACAUGCGCGACUACCAAUCCACCCACUGCACGCCGCUGCCGGUGGACCACUUUGAGAGUGUGAUGAGGAAUAUAGAAAGCGGCGCGUGCAGCGUAGAAUCUCGCAUCAGAAACGAAGAAUAAUUCCUCACCAUGUAUUGACAAAUAUACGAUUUGGUCUCUUCCCAUUCUUUUAAAUGUAUAUAUGGAUAGUCCGUUUGAUUUUAUUAAAGAAUUAAGGAGUUUUACAUUCGGUUACUAUAGCUAGGAGACUGAUUCCGUAAUCAGGUAUUAGGAUGCCCUCAGAUCCACGAAAAUCGUCUUAGGAAGCUUGUGUAUUUCUGUUCAUCGGUUUCUCGCCAAAGAAUAAUUAUUAAAUUACAGCCUCAAUAUGAUGUUGUCACCUUCUUUAACUUUAUUUAACACUGACUACCUAAAAAAAUGUAUUCUAAGAUUUUUUUAAAAAUAUGACUUAUGUUUGUUAUUAUUUUUGAUUUAGUUUAAAUUUGUCACUUAUUUUUGUCUUUUUCUGAUCGCAAAUUACAGAUUCCGCUUUCCAUUGAUAGUUACUAAAGUGCAUCUUUGCAUUUGCUAUGUGGAAUCAAAACGGUUUUUCUGUGUUGGCAACUACUUCGUAACACGCGUAUAUGCUAAUGUUAAUUUAUUUAUCUAAUUUAUUAUGUAUAUAGUAAAUUUUUUUUCUAAUUAAUUGGUGUAUGUAAUUUUUGUCAUUUUAUAUCUGUGUGUUUUAAUGUCUUCAUGUUGAAGUGAUUGUAUGGUGUAUUUUUAUGAUGUUUUUUUUCUCAUUUGUGUAAUAGGGUUAUCUUGAAAUGUUUGAUGAUGAUGAUGUUUAAUAGUUAUGGUAAAAAUUGAAGAACAAAAUUUUUGAACAAAAUACAUAGGUAACAUUUUCACAUAAUUUCCACACUUUCGGUGGUUAUGUAUUGUUGUUUACUUGUAAUUGUAACUUGUGUUUUUUAUUCUAAUGCAUUUAUAUAAGUAUAUGUGCAUUUUAGAUCGAGAUAUUUACAUCUUACAUUGGAGGUAUCGAGUUUUGCAGGAGCAAUAUGGAUUAGUUAGUAUUUUUCAAGAUUUUUCUCUCCCGCGGCUAAAUGCGGUUAGAGAAAUUUCCUAAGAUUAAAAAAGUUCGUUUAUGUCAUAUACGAACUUUGUCAUAUACAUUUCAUACAUAUAUAAGAUGGACGGUAAUUCAAGGCACAGUUAUUUGUCGCAUUGGAAGUUGGAAUUUUAUGAUACUGUAUUUUUGAGAACAUUCCAUACGUAAUGGUUUCUUGACAAAUUCUAUUGCAAUAUUCGCUAUGAACGUAUAAAUAGUCUACUAAGUCGUUAUAUUUCGCAUUUGGAUGUUGUUAUCUAUCGUCGCCCCCUACUAACACAAACCGACAGGUCUAACUAUAACACCAACGUUGACAAGGUAUAUAGGUAUCGUUGUCUGUUCGUGAAUAACCCUGCUUUGGGUGUAUGUAUUCAUAUAGACCAUAUGGCUUAUAUUCUCUCUCUUUGCAACAUUUUGGGACGCAGGUUUAGAGAGAAGGAGAAAGAAGAUAAGAAAUGUCCCUGAAACCCUGUCAUGAAUAAUCCGCUGUUCGACAUUUACAUCUUUUUCUUUUUUUUUAUACAGGGUGACUUCAUUCAUUAGCAUCCAAACCUAUGAUGACGAAGCCUAUGAUGACAUAUAAAUGAAACAUCGUGAUUUUCACAUGCACGUGUCAUCAACAACUAUGUUAUACAGUGACAAUUUUUAUUAAAGUGUUGUGCAGUUUUUGACCUAUCCAACCUGUGAGAAUAACGUUUUGACGUAAUGAUAGGCUUAACUCAGAAUUAUGGGCACAGUCUAAUUAUAAAGAUGUUAUGAAUUUGACGGUAUUAUACGUCACCUGUAUACUGGCCUCUAGGUUCUGUCAGACUGAUUUUAAUUAACACCGCUGUAUCGGGCUUCACACAGGGUGUGUUCUGUACACAUAAUUAUUUUUGACAUUGUUUUCAAUAUAAUGUAUUUAGAGUUAGACUAAGUAUAAGUCUAUGAUUUUAAUAAAUCUUAAAGUUGGAACUUCCUUUUUGUGAUUGUACUUAA